GACGCACUCAACAGUUGAGAUGGUUUCGUGCGUUGUACCUUUGUAGUCACCUUGGACAAGGCCACAGGGAGGGCUGUCGUGCGGCUUAUCUCCCAGCCCCGCCUUGUCUUCCCUCCACUGCUACUCGCUUUGUUACUGAACUGGUUCCGCGGCAAGUGAAAGGGAAGGGAGCGCCGGGGUGAAGGGAGAAGCUACCCAAGGAUGAGGCUCAUUGCGACUGCCGUGGUGGUGGUUGUGUUGGUGGCGGUAAAGGUGGUAGCGGCGGCAGGAGAGGCAACGGCCACGGAAGUCCCACUCGUCGAGACUGAAGGUGGUCGCGUUUCUGGCAUUCUGGAAGAGUCGCUAAAGGGACGAGAAUUUUACUCCUUUUACGGCAUCCCCUUCGCUCAACCUCCCGUGGGAAAGCUGAGAUUCAAGGACCCCGCCGCUCCGUCACCAUGGGAGGGCACACGCAACGCUUCCGUCCCCCCGGCUGCCUGCCCUCAAUACGACUUCAGUGGAAUGAUGAGCGAACCAUUCGCUGGCCAGGAGGACUGUCUCUACCUCAACGUGUUCACUCCCAAGACGAAGGAAGAAGGUGGCUUGCCGGUGAUGGUUUGGAUCCACGGAGGUGCAUUUUUCUCUGGCAGCGCUACGGAAUAUCGUCCUCACGUCCUCCUGAACCACGACGUGGUGCUGGUGGUGGUGCAGUACCGGCUGGGCGUCCUGGGUUUCUUGUCGACGGAGGACUCUGUGAUGCCGGGGAACCUUGGCCUCAAGGACCAGACGAUGGCGCUGCAGUGGGUGCAGAGGAACAUCCACCGCUUCGGCGGAGACAAGACGCGGGUCACCAUAUUCGGGGAGAGCGCCGGCGGUGCCUCCGUCCACUACCAGAUGCUGACCCCGAAAACUGAAGGUCUUUUCUCCCGUGCUAUUCUUCAAUCUGGAGCGGCGCUGUGCCCGUGGUCGGUGAACACAAAUCCUCGAAAAGCUGCGCUGCGGGUAGCCAGCAUUGUUGGCUGCCCCGCAGACCAGGGCAGCCACGCCCUGCUCGAGUGUCUGCAGGGGCUGGAUGCUGUGACCAUAGUUCCGCUCUUUAGUAAUUUCUUCGAGUGGAACAUGCUGCCCUUCGCCUUCACCCCAUGGGUGGAUGGCGAGUACCUGCCGGAACAACCCGAACAGCUGGCUCUUAAAGGUCGCUACGCCCAAGUGGACAUCAUGGCAGGCGUCACCAGGGACGAGGGAGCACUCUUCGUUAUAGCUCCUUUGCGGGAAAAAAAGGUCAUGGAACAAAUUCAGAACAACUUCAGCGUGGCCGGGCCAGCGUCCCUCGCCUUAAGUGGUCAGUGCGAUGACCCGGUGGCCGUGGCCCGCCAGGUGUACCUCCACUACUCCGGCACCACCCAUGUCACCGAGGCACACGCCGAGAGCCUCAACAGGAUGUAUGGUGACCGCCACUUCGCCGUGUGUCAUGACCUUACCACUGCCCUCCACGCGGCCCACCACCACCCCACCAAGAAGACCUUCCGCUACGAGUUGCAACACCGCGGGCAGUUCUCCCUCCUAAACUUCAUGUGUCCAUCCUGCUCCCAAGAUUGGGUGUGCCACGGCGACGACCUGUUUUAUCUGUUCCCUGGUGGACCCAUUCCCGCGCCACUGAGUUCAGAAGACUUGCAGCGUCCGGACGAUCUCGCCGUCAGAGACAUAAUAGUGGCUCUCUGGACCAACUUUGCUAUUACAGGGAACCCGACGCCCGACGACUCGCUGGGCUUCAAAUGGGAACCCAGCACGGCGGACAGCCUCCACUACCUCUCCCUCACGCCCUCACCCUCCAUGCAGCCCGACGACCGGAAAGACGCUCGGAAAUUCCACAACUCUCUCCCCACCACACUGAACAUGAUCCUUCAUCCUGACUUGGUGGAGGGCGGGGCAAGUGAGCCGCAGGACGACGGGUACGACGCCAAGACGGAACUCUGAGUCACUGAUGACCAUAGGAACUCAAUAUGAUAGUUAAGGGUAAUGAACACAGUCUUGUCUACACAUGCGCUACAAUAUUUCUAUAAAUACAACAAUUUUAAAAUUUAAAAUGCAAAUUUACGAUAAUUUUGAUGUGUUUAAACUUUACUGCAAUGCUUUUUUUCCCCACCUGUGGCUUUACAUGUGAUCCUUGAAGUAACAAAGUUUUACUUCCCGCUGCACCCGAGGAGACCUCAUUGAUCAUCGUCUUAUAACAUUUAAAGGUUAUUUUUACGCGUCGCUUCGCCUACACUCUACAGUUACGCAAUUGUGAUUUAAUUGGUAGCGGAACAGUCAUGAAUAUGCGAACCUCAGCUCUAACGAAAGCGGAAGGCAUCGCUCCACGGACCAGUGAACCAUCCUUAGCCAGUUACUAAAUGAAUAAUUGUGUGGUGAGACCUGCUGAAGAUAAAAUCUACUGUCCCAGUGUAAUAUUUUUUUUGUAAUCUGUAUCUUUUGCAGGAUUAAAAUGCCACCUGACUAAACCCAAUGAGUUAUUUCAUCCAAGUGCCUGUUACCUGAAGUCAGAUCCUCGCUCCUUGUGAAAUACAAAGCAUGAACGCCUGACAAACUAAACACAAAAAAAUAAACCAUUUAAUGUC